AUGGACGGGCUCCUGUCGAAGCUCCGCAGCCUGGACGCGUACCCCAAGGUGAACGAGGACUUCUACAGCAGCACCCUCUCCGGCGGCAUCAUCACGCUCGCCUCCUCCGUUGUCAUGCUCCUCCUCUUCGUCUCCGAGCUCCGAUUAUAUCUCCAUGCAGUUACUGAGACAACGCUAAGGGUUGAUACUUCAAGGGGAGAAACACUUCGCAUAAAUAUUGAUGUCACCUUUCCAGCCCUUCAAUGUUCUAUAAUUAGCCUGGAUGCAAUGGACAUCAGUGGACAGGAGCACCUAGAUGUGAAACAUGAUAUAUUCAAGCAGCGAAUUGAUGCCCAUGGCAAUGUUAUUGCGACUAGACAAGAUGCAGUUGGUGGGAUGAAGAUGGAAGCACCUCUACAACAUCAUGGUGGAAGGCUUGAACACAAUGAAACCUAUUGUGGCUCUUGUUAUGGUGCACAAGAAUCUGAUGGUCAAUGUUGUAACUCAUGUGAAGAUGUUCGCGAAGCCUAUAGGAAAAAAGGUUGGGGUGUAUCAAAUCCAGAUUUGCUUGACCAGUGCAAAAGGGAGGGCUUUCUUCAAAGUAUAAAGGAUGAAGAAGGCGAAGGAUGCAAUAUUUAUGGCUUCAUUGAAGUUAAUAAGGUUGCUGGGAAUUUCCAUUUUGCUCCAGGGAAAAGUUUCCAGCAGUCAAAUGUGCACGUCCAUGACUUGCUUCCGUUCCAGAAGGACAGCUUCAAUGUCAGCCAUAAGAUAAACAGACUAAGUUUUGGAGAAUACUUUCCUGGUGUUGUUAAUCCACUCAACGGGGCAAAUUGGGUGCAGCCUUCAUCAUAUGGAAUGUAUCAAUACUUCAUCAAGGUUGUUCCUACAGUCUACACUGACAUAAAUGAACACAUUAUUCUCUCUAAUCAGUUCUCUGUAACGGAACAUUUUAGAAGUGGUGAGAGUGGUCGGAUGCAGGCUCUUCCUGGCGUGUUCUUCUUUUAUGACCUUUCUCCAAUCAAGGUCACAUUCACGGAACAACAUGUGUCAUUUUUACACUUUUUAACUAAUGUUUGCGCUAUUGUUGGAGGUGUGUUCACCGUUUCUGGAAUCAUAGAUUCAUUUGUAUACCAUAGCCAAAGAGCAAUCAAGAAGAAGAUGGAAAUUGGCAAAUUCAACUGA